AUGCCGCAGUACAAGCUGGUCGACUACAAGGUUCCGUCGUCCGGGCGCCUCGCGGCUCUGCUGUUCACCUACGCCGGCGUCGAGUUCGAGUACGUCACCUACGAGAAGUCCAAGGCGACCGAGGCUGAAGCCGACGCACCGUUCGGCUCGCUGCCGGUGCUGUACGCAGACGGCGAGAUGUUGGGUGCAGAUUACGCCAUAUGCGUCUACAUCGCCAGGCAGUACGGUCUCGAAGGCAAGGACGCCCGGGAGGCUACCAAGUGCGCCACCAUUGUCACUGGUAUCGCCUCUCUCUUCUCCAGCGUUCGUCACGCAAAGCCCCAGAGACUGGCUCCCGAAGAAGACACUUGCUGGUCUCCCGACAAGGAGAUUUACAAACUCGCCGAAGCCAAGGAUUUGCGAGAGAAGGUGCCGAGAUACCUGCGGUACUUCGAGAAGCUCCUCAAGGACAACGGUACCGAAUACUUCGUAGGCAACCAGCUUACGUGGGCCGACCUGGCGGUGACGUUCUCGUGCGUGCAGCUGCUGCAGCGCUUCCACGGGGCCCUGGACAGCCACGCGCAUCUGAAGGCGCACUACGAGCGUGUCACCGCCCUGCCCCUGGUGCGGGCCUUCCUCGACCAGCAACAGGCGGCCGUAUAA